AUGAACUGGACAGAAGGACUCUAUAAUGAACAGAAUAAUGGGAGCACAGGUUUUGGCAAACUCAUCUCCCCCACCAUGAACAAAACCAUCAACAGCUUCACAAUCUUGAUGCUCAUCAGCACUAUGGUGUCCCUCGGCUGCACCAUGGAGAUUUCCAAAAUCAAGGCUCACUUCCUCAGGCCAAGAGGGGUGGUCAUUGCACUAGUGGCACAGUUUGGCAUUAUGCCCCUGACUGCCUUUAGCCUGGCCAAAGUCUUUAAGUUAAAGCACAUCGAGGCCCUGACUGUGCUGGUCUGUGGUUGUUGUCCAGGGGGAAGCCUGUCAAACAUGUUUGCCCUGGCUCUGAAGGGUGACAUGAACCUAAGCAUCACAAUGACCACAUGCUCAAGUAUCACAGCCCUGGGGAUAAUGCCUCUACUCCUGUUGCUAUACUCUAAAGGCUUUAACAAUCUGGGCAGUGCUGUAUCAUUCACCAGUAUCCUCUUCUCUCUCAUUUUGACCCUGGUGCCAUGUGGCAUCGGCAUCACCAUCAAUCACCACAAACCGCAUUAUUCACCAGUCAUCCUCAAGGUUGGCCUCGGCAUCUGGCUGGUUUGCCUUGUGGUAGUAAGUGUCUUGUCUGGCAUGACCUUAGGGUUAACAAUAUGGAUAGUUUUUUCACCUCAUCUUAUGGCCGUGGCUGCCCUGAUGCCACUGACUGGCUUUAUAUUCGGAUACCUCAUCUCGAGCAUCUUCAAACUCAGUCCUCAAUGCUGCAGGACUAUCUCCAUGGAGACAGGCUGUCAAAAUAUCCAGCUGUGCGCCACCAUCUUGAAGGUGGCCUUUACGCCUCAGGUCAUCGGACCCCUGUAUCUCUUUCCCGCCAUCUACAUCGUAUUCCAGGGAGCUGAGGCCCUGAUUUUCAUCAUCCUCUUUAGAUGUUACCAGGCACUCAAGCCACCGGCAGAGGAUAAAUGA